UCUUGGGAAUCGAAUUUUUAAGUGUUCCAUUUACUGAGACAUAUGUUGUAUGGAAUGACAAUAAAUGUGUGCCACCAGAUUCAUUAAUCCAAUCAUGGAAAACCGCUGUAAAUAAUCCGAGAAUGGCUGAUGUAAUAUUCAACGUUCAAGGAGAAGCUCUUUGUGCAAAUAAAGACAUUAUAUGCGGACGUAGUGAAUAUUUCAGAACCAUGUUUGCAAGUGGAUGCGUUGAAUCUCGCAUGAUAUCCUUAGCAGAAUGUGGCCGAUUAAAGAAACGACAUCGUGAUUCUUCAGGAAAUUGUUGUAAAUCAGUAGAGCAGAUCAUUGAUGAAACAAAUACAGGCAAUUCUUAUGAUGUGAAAAAUGUUGAGAUCAAAGAAAAAAAAGAUGCAAGAAUGCCUAAAAAACAACGACCACAUUCAGAAAUCGGAUCAUCUAAUUUUAAUAAUUCUUCAAUUGAUCACGAA